AUGCAUGGUAAACCAGAUCUGAGUGCCAUUCAAGCCUCCCUUCGGGUCUUGAAUGUAGCCAAAUUGGCAUAUCCCGCCAUCGUUCUGAUCAUUUUCCUCGUCGCCUUCAUCACUUAUGGCAUUAAGACUGCCCCCAAUGAUAGAGACAAGGUCCAAAUUCAUCCCAUGCGUGGGCCAGGGGGGAGACCUCUUCCCAUCCGCCGCAAAUCCGCCAAUCAAGUCAAAGAAGCGGCGGCCUGCAAAGAUCUGUCCCCCUCAACCAAAACGUUCUUCAAGGUCGGUCAAGCCGGUGUCAUCCUGACCUUUCUGGCAAAUGCAGGUCUCCUGCUUUUCCAGACCAUAUGGAAUCGAAACGAGGAGUGGUGGCCGGGGCAAAAUGCCGUCAUCUAUGUUGUCGCCUCCACGUCUCUUUGGCUGGUGGUCUUCAUCUCCCUUAUAGACUGCAAGCCUUCACCAAGCGUUGUCCACUUGGUCACUUGGAUCUCUGCAGUUCCCUUGGAAGCUAUCAUCUUUGCUGCGAGUCUCCGAAUCUACACUGUACCCCACUACGAACCGCGGGUUGGUGAUCAGCUGGGCGGGAGGUAUAGGAAGUCAAUCACCGGUUGGGAAACACUCGAAGUCAUCGUCUAUGUGAUUCGGCUGGUUCUCCUUCUAGGUCUAUCGGUUGUGUUCAUCGCUCUCAAGCUCAACUUUCGCAUGUCUAAGGAUUCCUACCCUACAGUGCAGAACGAAAGGACCCCGCUGCUUGACGAGAAUGCUGAAGCCGGCAGGCAGCCUAAUGGUCACGCCAACGGCACUGCACAACAAGGCUCAACAACGGAAGCUAAGGAGCAAGUUGAUGCUUGGGCCAAGCCAACCGAAGUUCCAAACAUUUCUUGGUACGCCUACUUACGAGGUUUCGUGAUGCUGAUUCCAUACCUGUGGCCGAAGAAAUCUGUCAAGUUGCAGCUGCUGGCAGGGACAUGCUUUGUCAUUAUGAUCAGCCAACGGGUCAUCAACGUGUUUGUCCCAGUCAUGGUCGGGAAAAUCACCGAUGCGCUGUCGGGAGAUGACGGGAGAGGUGUUCGCGCUCCUUGGCUCUAUAUCUCCUUGUAUAUCCUGUUUAGGUGGCUUCAAGGAUCUCAAGGCAUUUUGUCGGCAGCAAGAUCAAUCUUGUGGAUUCCUGUGGAGCAGUAUUCGUACCGCGCCAUUUCCACCGCUGCGUUUGAACACGUCCACAAUCUCAGUGCCGAAUUCCACACUGGGAAACGAACCGGGGAAUUAAUUUCCGCAUUGAACAAGGGAAGUUCCAUCAACUCUUUCCUUGAAAUGGUCACCUUCCAAGUCGGUCCCAUGGUCUUUGACCUGGUCGUCGCCGUCGUCUAUCUCACGGUCAAAUUCGACGCCUAUCUAGGCCUGGUCGUGGCUAUUGUCACAUUUCUCUACAUCUACGUCACCAUUCGCAUGGCCUCCUGGAGGGUCACACUACGCCGGAAUUAUGUCAAUGCUGAUCGAGAGAUGGAGGGUGUCAAGAAUGACUCCCUGCACUCCUGGGAUACCGUCAAAUACUUCAAUGCCGAGGAGUAUGAGUUCAACCGGUUUAGAUUAGCGAUCAAGACCAUGCAAAGGUACGAAUACUGGGUGGAAGUCACCCUAUCUUACAUGAAUACUGUCCAGGGGGCUUUAUUCAUGGUGGCCUUGCUGGUUGCUAGCUUUAUCGAGGCGUUCGAGGUUGCCCAAGGUGAUCAAACGGUGGGAAAUUUCGUCCUUCUCGUAACAUACAUGGCACAACUGCAGGGCCCAUUGAACUUUUUUGGAACUUUUUACAGGUCAAUCCAGUCGAACCUGAUCAAUGCUGAAAGAAUGUUGGAGCUAUUCAAGGAGCAGCCUCAUGUUGUCGACCGAGAGGGCGCGAAGACCCUACAAGAGUGCGCAGGGGAUAUUGUGUUCGACAAUGUGACGUUCAGCUACGACAAAAGAAGACCGGCUCUCAAUCAACUGAGUUUCCAUUGUCCGCCUGGGACUACUACUGCCCUUGUUGGUGAAUCGGGCGGAGGAAAAAGUACAGUUAUGAGACUGAUUUUCCGCUACUACAACCCUGACUCCGGCCACAUCAAAGUUGAUGGCAUCGAUGUCGAAGACAUUACAAUUGACUCUCUACGCCGAUUUAUUGGCGUUGUGCCCCAAGAUUGUAACUUGUUCAACGAGUCGAUCAUGUACAAUCUGCGAUAUGCAAACCAACAAGCCACGAAUGAGGAGAUCUUCAAUGCUUGCAAGGCUGCUUCGAUCCACGACCGGAUCACGCAAUUUCCAGAUGGGUACGAUACGAAAGUUGGGGAGCGAGGUGUCCGCCUGUCAGGUGGUGAACGUCAACGGGUAGCGAUCGCACGAACCAUUCUCAAAAACCCGCGAAUUACUAUGCUGGACGAAGCCACGGCUGCGCUGGACUCUGAAACCGAGGAAAAGAUUCAAGAAUCAUUCAAUACUCUUGCCGAGGGCCGGACAAUGAUCAUCAUCGCACACCGUCUUAGUACCAUUGUCAAUGCCGACCAGAUUUUAGUACUUUCCAACGGUACAGUGGUUGAGAGAGGUACCCACGAAGAGCUUAUUACGCUAGGGGGCAAGUAUGCGAGCAUGUGGCGCAAACAGUCUCGGGCACAAAAGGCCGCAGCGGAGGCCGCCGAACUGAGAACAAGAGCAAAGCGGGCAUUGGAAGAGGCUGAGGCGGAUAGUGCCAGCGUCAGUGAAGAGGAGAUCGAACAAGCAAAGAAACGCGAGAAGGGCUUUACGAAAGGUCACAAGAGGGUGAACUUCAGUGAGAGUAGUCAUCUGCGAGCAAGCUUGCAAGUGGAUGACCAGGAUCGUGGUAAGGACGACAGAUCAGAAAGCCCCCGACUCGGUCAUGGCCACUCCGGAAAACCGCCGGGGCAUCCUUGA